CUCCUCCUCCUCUUCCUCCUCUCCGCGCCGGGGCUCCGGCAGGUGAAGGGCGGAGGGACCCCCCAUCCAGAUGUAUAUCAUCCUAAGAGCUUUGUCCAACUAGUGGGCCAAAUAAUAAAAUCUGCUGAUUAUUUUGGACAGUAAAUGACAAUUCUUACAUCAAUUGAAAUUUCAACACUGUGGCAUCUGAAAGAGAUGCAGAAGUUUCUGCGGCUUUUUGGGCGACUGAAAUCGGUCGUCCUUGGCAUGGUCCAUGUGAGAGCAUUGCCAGGAUCACCCUGCAGUACAUUGCCUUUGGCUCAGAUCAUUGAAGAAGCCUGUGGAGAGGCUGAAAUGUAUAGGGCUGCUAGUGUGGACGGCUUGAUUGUUGAAAAUAUGCACGACCGGCCUUACACAUGCGACGUUGGUGCAGAGGUUACGGCAGCUAUGGCGGUGAUUUGUGCCUCGGUAAAACAGGCGUGUCCCACACUCCCCAUUGGGGUCCAAAUACUUUGUGCUGCAAAUCAGCAAGCUUUAGCUGUUGCCCUUGCUUCAGGUGCGGAUUUUGUUCGAGUUGAAGGCUUCGUUUUCUCUCAUGUGGCUGACGAAGGGAUUCUGAACGCUUGCGCGGGGAACUUGCUACGAUACCGCAAGCAAAUAGGAGCUGAACACGUCCAGGUUUUUGCUGAUAUUAAAAAGAAGCACAGUGCUCAUACACUGACAGCUGACGUCACAGUGGCCGACACCGCGAAGGCUGCUGAGUUCUUUCUUGCUGAUGGGGUUGUGUUGACUGGAACUGCAACUGGAUCAGAGGCAGAUCCCAAAGAACUAGAAGAAGUCAGAUCUGCGGUGAAGAUUCCAGUACUGGUGGGGUCUGGUGUGACUUUGGAUAAUGUGAAGGACUACUUAAGUGCAAAUGCCUUGAUUGUUGGUUCCUAUUUCAAGAAAGGAGGCCAUUGGGCAAAUGGCAUUGAUCUCGAUCGUGUGAAGAUUUUUAUGGAUUAUAUUGGCAAAGUAAGAGUGUAAAUUUGUUCGCUUCUGCUGUGAGUUUCCAUUCGAAGUGCAACUGCACCAGAUAUUUUAUCUUGCAAUUUUCCAAGUCUUUUUAUACUUAGAGGAUAUUUUUAAACUUCUGAAUUCAAAAUUAAAGCCACACUCUACACUCAGAUACAUGUUCAUUUCCCUAUACUAGAUGGAACACCGGAGGAAAAAAUAUAUAGGGAGAAUGGUCCUGAAAAUACUAUGAAAGUAUAUCACAUGGAAAAUAGAUGAAGUUGCAGUGUCCAUGUAACAAUAAAUCCUCAGUCUUAAAGUCCAGUUGGAAAGAAAAAUACUUAGAUAAUUUUUACAAUAGCUAAUUUGUAUAUAAAACUAUCUGUCUGAAUUUUAGUAAUUCAUGCACAUAAAAUGAACAGAUAUUUUUCAGAUUGAGUUAGCAAUAAACAAUGUUUGGUGAAAUCUGAGACUGAACUCAGAUUCUGUCGGUUACAUCCAAAGUUUGCUGCAUAGGAGCAUGUAAAAUCAAAGUUUCACUAUACUUUAAGUUGGGAAUCUGCUGCUCAAAUGCCAAAUGAUUCGCGAUCAGACAGAUUGCAGGAGUGUCCUUGGCAGAGUUAUAGUUAUUACAAGAGGCAGAUCGAAAAGAAAA